AUGCCUGCUGCCCGACGUGCCUCUCGCGCUUCUGCUGCCGCUGUCUCCUAUGCCGAAGCCUCGUCGGGCGAGGAGGAAGGCGGUCGCGAGACUCUGAACGUGCGGGCGAAGGCUGGUGCGGCGAAAGGUGCCAAAAGGGCGCGCGAUGCUGCGGACGAGGAGGCCGACGAGGAGAACGAGGUCGAGGGUGAUGAGGCGAAGGACGUCGACGAUGGCGCAGACGAAGCCAGCGACGAGGACGAUGCCGAGUGGAACGCCAAGCCGAAGCGUCGGAAGAGCACUGCUCGCGGCAAGAAGGGCAAGAAGCCUACGGGACCGGACCUCCUCACCAAGCUGCCGAUUGACGCGCUCACUGAGAUCGCUUCUUUCCUCCCGCAAGGGACGCUCGUCGAGCUUCGUCGUGUCUGCAAGGCCUUCCACCGCCUCUUGACCGACAAGACGUCCGGCAGCGUUAUCUGGAAGCGUGCGCGGGCUCGCGACGAUAUGCCGGAACUCGCGGCCGGACUUUUGAAGGACUGGCAGUACUACGUGCUGGAGAAGGACCAGCACUGCCGCUGCGGCAACGUGCAGUUCAUCCCGGACCGCUUCCUCCUCCGCCGCCUGUGCCGUCAGUGUCGUAAGAAGCACCUCGUCCGCGUCACGUUCUUGAAGCGCCUACACCCCGACCUUCACCCGCUCGUCAAGGACUGCUUGAUCCCGUCUUUCUACAAGCCCGGUCGGCUUACGUACGAGAGCUCGGCUCGCCACGCCUUCGACGAGGACAUCCCCGCACUCGACAAGCACCUCUGGUCCCUCCAAGAACAAGACGAAGAGAACCCUCUGACCGAAGAACCCGCCGCCGCAUCAACCUCGACUCGUCCCGGCCGCGCCGCCAAAGCGAGCGCGAGCAAGAAGGUCCGGAAAGGGAACCCGGGUAAGCCAGUUGAGGGGUCGAGGGUGGACAAGUUCGUCAAGGAGAGGCAGGAAAUCAAGAAGCUUGUUGAGCAGGAUGCCCGCAUGCUUGAGAAGAAGUUCGGCAAGUUCAUCACGCUCGGCGACGAGUCGCACUCGAUCUGA